GUCACAGCUAGCAGCUAGCCUUCUUUGUAGCAAGCAAGCAAGUUCAUGGAUUCAAAGAAGUCUAACAAGAUCAGAGAGAUUGUUAGGCUUCAACAGAUCCUCAAGAAGUGGAAAAAGCUUGCUAGUGCUCCAAAAAAUAGCUCCAUUAAUACUUCUAGUACUUCUAGCUCUAACAGCACCACCAAUAUUAGCAAUGGCAGUAAAAGCAUCAAGUUCCUAAAGAGAACACUCUCCUUCUCAGAUGUUGCGGGGGCUUCCAACGAUGUCGUCCCGAAAGGCUUUCUUGCCGUUUGUGUAGGGAAGGAGCUGAAGAGAUUCAUCAUCCCGACGCACUACUUGGGUCACCAAGCAUUCGGGAUAUUAUUGCGAGAAGCCGAAGAAGAAUUUGGCUUCCAACAAGAGGGCGUGCUCAAAAUUCCGUGUGAAGUAUCUGUGUUCGAGAAAAUCUUGAAGGCGGUUGAAGAGAAAAGGGAGGUAUUCUACUUGCAUGAGGUUGGUUUCGAUGCAGAAAACGAAAAGAUUGGGUGCUACUCAUCGGAUUGUGAGCUCACACCCUCUCAUCAUCCUCAAAUGUGUAGAUGA